CCACAGUGAGGAAACGUCCGUAAGAGCCACCGAAGGAUGCCCGUGUUUCAGGUGAGAUUCAGCGGAAUAUAAUGAUAGUUAAUGUGAAGUGAAGACAGACGGACGUCACCUAGCGUCUCACGCUUACGGCAGAAGACAAGGACACUGACAGGAAAAUGCGAACAGGAUGUGGUGACUGAGACUGAGGCGUGAAGGCGCAGUGGAUCUGGUGGCAGCAGCGGCAGUGUUGGGGCAUCCAGCUUAGAUGAAGGAUGAAGAGCCCGGUGCACAGAUGCAGGGAUGUGGAGCACGGCCGGGGGCAGGGCGGGACCGGGGCCGGGACCACCUGCCUGCAGGCCGAGCAGCGCAUCCCUAUCUCCAAAGACGUCAUCACCUCCUCUUCUGCCUCCGCCAUGUGGUUCAUCAGGGACGUCUGCGGCAUCGUGUGCGCCGUCAUCACCUGGCUGCUGGUGUUGUACGCUGAGUUCGUGGUGCUGUUUGUGAUGCUGCUGCCCUCAAAGAAUCUGACGUACAGCAUUGUGAAUGGGACUCUGUUCAACAUUCUGGCCUUCCUCGCCCUCGCCUCUCACCUCCGGGCCAUGUGCACUGACCCUGGGGCGGUACCAAAAGGGAACGCUACUAAGGAAUACAUAGAGAGCCUUCAGCUGAAACCAGGGCAGGUGGUCUACAAAUGUCCCAAGUGCUGCAGCAUCAAGCCUGACCGAGCACACCACUGCAGUGUCUGCAAACGCUGCAUACGGAAGAUGGACCAUCAUUGCCCCUGGGUUAAUAACUGUGUCGGGGAGAACAACCAAAAGUACUUUGUGCUUUUCACAAUGUACAUUGCACUCAUCUCUCUCCACGCUCUACUCAUGGUGGUCUUCCAUUUCUUCUACUGCUUUGAAGAUGAUUGGACAAAGUGCAGUUCCUUCUCUCCUCCAGCAACAGUCAUCCUCCUCAUUCUCCUGUGCUUUGAGGGUCUCCUCUUCCUCAUCUUCACCUCUGUGAUGUUCGGCACCCAAGUCCACUCCAUCUGUACCGACGAGACCGGCAUAGAGCAGUUGAAAAAGGAAGAGAGAAGAUGGGCUAAAAAAACUAAGUGGAUGAACAUGAGGGCGGUAUUUGGACACCCUUUCUCCUUAUUGUGGUUUAGUCCCUUCUCCACCCCUGACCAUGGGAAGGCGGAGACCUAUCAGUAUGUGGUGUGAGAGCUCAGCGCAGGGAACGAGGCGGCCGGGUCAAAACCAAAGUGGGAAACCCUGCCCAGCUCCGUAGAGCUCAGCUGUGGCAGUCUGUCGCUCCCGAUGCUGAUUUCCAUUGUUAUCUCCCACACUAGUCAUGGACAGCUUUCCAUCUGCUUUUUUGUUUUGCCAAUCGAAGUGCGCUCUCCAUUUUUAGUUUUGUGUUGCCUUGAGUGAGUUGCAGAGAAAAAGAAAGCACUUUUCAGUUUGUGAAUCCUGUUUGAAAACACUGUGAUAAAUCUGUUCUUUAUUUCUGAGCUGUUUCUAUUUCUGUUGUUUCAGAAGCCCUCUCUCUUCUUCUGUUUUUGCUUUCCUUUAAAGGGUUAGUUCAGUUUAAGUCCCAGAAAACAUAUUUUCUCACUUCCUACCUCGUGGUGUUUGGUCAUGCUGAUAGUUUUAGAUGUCACAAGUUUAAGGUAUCCAACCCUAAAAUGCCAACCCAAUACAAUGGAACAAGAUGGAAUUAAUGUCGGGCUGCCACCAACAGUUAUUAUCGAUAAAUCUGCCAAAUAUGUUUCUGUGUUAAUCUAUAAAAUUUCAGAUAAUGGUAAAGCAGUGCUCCUCCCAUGUUCCUAGUUAAAUUCAAUUAACUCCAGUUCAACAGUCCAAAUGUAUUACAUUUAGUACUGAAGGAGACAACACAUAACUCAUAAUUCCCAUUUUAGGAGCUGAAAUUAGUGGAAUUUUUGUUGUAGCUUUAAAAAAAAAGAUUACCAAAAAGUUUUCAGACGCAAAAGAAACAUUUGUGGUCACAACAUUAAAAAAUCAAAUCACAGAACCUUGUUUGACCCUAACGUUUCGACACUAAAAAGAUUCUUGGGUGCCAACCCAGUAUGUAUUGCGAUUUUAAAGUAUUGUUAUUUUAUAUUACGAUUUAUUACUUUAUUAACACUAGACCAUGGAAAAUAGCCAGUCAUACUUCUGGAGACCGUAUAUCAUGAGAGACAUUUCCAAAAACAAUGCACAUCAUAAGUCCGUCAGUUUCUGUCACUCACAUUUCAACAGCAUCAUGUACUGCAUAGAAAAGUUGUAAAUAAAUGAGUAAUGGUUUUUAUAGUCUUUAUUCUAAUGAAGCACCUUGUGACCUUGCUCUGUGAAAGGAUGUGUAUUAACUUUUUUAUUUACUAACAAAAAUGUACUCAACUGUUAUAUUUAGCUGUUUUUGCUCAUCAAGCUAGUGCAGCGUAAUCAGUGUAACUACAGCAACAGCAAGUUUACUGAUCUGGUGGGAGUUUAAGCUGAAAUCGAGUUGUCAUUGGAGCAGAUGAAUGUCCGUGUCCUCAGACUGUUUGUCAUUUUUUGCUUUCUUACUUCAACUUAUGUGUAGAUUACCAAAAAAGUAAUCAGAAUUAUUAAAAAAAAAAAAAAAUCAUUGUACAUGGCUGAAAGAAGGAAAUUUAAUCCUGGAAGAGUAAAACAAAAAAUCCUGCAUGGCUACAUAUUACUGGUAGAAAAUGGAAAAAUUUGUCUUUUUGUAAUUUGGAUGAACUGACCCUUUAAAUCCUUCUCUUCUGAGACAGUAAUCAGUAGUGUGUUUUGGGCAAAUUAAACCUUUGAAAUAGGUCCCCAGUAGAAUGGACUGGAUGGAUGGUUAGGCUACAGUAAAUCCAGGGUAACAGUCUCUACUUUCCUUUUGGGAGCCAUUCUUAAACAUCCAUCCAUUCUCAGGCCGACCCUUUUGAAUGGUGCCAAAUACAGAACGUUAAGUUUGCCAUUUUUAUUGUGGAUGUUUGGUUAAGUAUGAUUGUGAAAAUAUUUUAAAUACACCCAGUUGGGCAAAAAAAAGAAGUUAUUUUUCUGCUAAAAGUCAAGUUGUGGCUUGUUGUCACUCAUUUUUAUACUUUAGAGUUGCACCAGUCUCAUGUUUUCUCCCGAUACCUUAACUCAGGGCACCUGCCAAUAUCUACUCCCAAUGUAAAUACCAAUGCUCUGUUUUUCCCUUUCCUUGGGAUCAUUUUCACAUAUGUAAAAUAAUCAGUAUUUAUUGUAAAUACUGAGAUUCGACGAGGCUUGGGCGGUAUAUAAUAUUGAUACCUUCAUACCUUUCUGAAAUUUUACCACACCUAUUUUCCUUAUUAAACAGAGCAAUGCAAGAGUACACCUUUUGAAUUCAGCUUUCUCUCAGUCACUGAAGACUGAAGAGGCUUAAUUGCCUAAUUAACUGAUCAUAAAACACAAUGCAUUCAAAUUUGCUUUUAAUCUUGUUAGUAUGCGCACAGUUCCAACUGUCACCAACUCUGGUUUGGUUGAAAUAAAUCUAGUCUAUUCUAGUUAGUUCCAACAACCAGUCAAAACCGGUCCGGUUUGGUCCGUUACUCCCCACAGUCUUUCUUUGCCAUUAAUGGCUGCCAGCUGUUUACAGUCCUGUAACUUCUCUCUCCACCUCUAGGUGUCACUGCGUCUUUCAGCUUGGCUGCCUGUUGUAGUGCACAGGUGGUGUGUGCUGUGCACACAGAAAGAGGAGCACCUGUAAUUAUGAGGGUAUUGAAAAACAUUUCUUUGGGAUUAC